GAUGACGGAGGAAGUUCACGAACGACCUCGUUGCGACGUUCGCUGUCGUUCAUGCAGUGUCCCCGAUCAUCGUGUUACUGUUAUCCGAGAGCUAUAGUUCGAUGCAGAUCCAUCGUGAGUCAUCAUCUCUCAGCACCGUCCGAGUCCGCACCGGUCGGUGUACCCUUCUCUCGCGAAUACGGAACGAGAUGUAAACAUUGGAGCGUUUCCUCCGCGUGCGCGCGAAAUGAUUGGGAAAAACUCGAAUAUUGGUAUGAGGACUUACCUGAAAAGUGUGACUCCGGCACCUUCGACAUCAGGUUGAGGGUCGAGAUCAACCCAAGAACGAUUUUCUUAGCAUCGUCGGGAAUCGUGAGACAUCCUAAACCGUCAGAACGUGCGCAAGAUGGCCGAAACCUCGAGCGGAAUGGACCUGAAUGGGAACCUAGGUCCAUCAGACGCUGAGAAACUCAAGGAUAUCCCGAUUGAGGACCACGACAUCGACAAGGCCCCGAAAGUCAGCGUGAGCAGCGGAACAAGCUUCCGUCGUGAGCGGUCCGCGUCGAGAGACUCGAGCCCACCAUCGGAGAGAGAUAUCGCGUCUGAUCAACUAGUGAUAGACACGACUUUCGAAUCAACAAUCACGACGGCGUCGAGUUCGAGCCCGGCGACUGAAGACGCGACGGUCUCUUCCGGAGGAGAAGACGACACCGAGAAUUCAGACCCACGCGAAGAAAUGAUACUCUACAAUUGGCAGAGGCAAACCAUGAGCGUAUUGAAUGGGAGCAGAAUCCCAGAGACUCAACGGCGCAUCGAAGAACCUUUGGCACAGAUCCUGUGCCGUGCAACUUCGAUCCUGAUCAGGGAUGAUGAGGUCUUUGCAUCCGUGGCUCUAGAGAACUCGUAUGAUGUUCGAAUAUACGAUUUCGACUCGGGCCGAGAGAUCGGGAAGCUGAAUAGCGAUCUGCUCUCGGGCUCGAAUAGAAUAAUUCUGAGCCAUCACAAGGACCGAAUUUACGUCGCGGAAUUCGGGGGGCGGAUAAUUUUUGAAAUCGAUAGAUCCUAUCAAUUAAGCGGAGUGGCCAGGGUCAAACGACCGAUCGGGAAUUUCUGGGUCGUCCUUGACGAUGACCUGUCUUUCCAGUGCACGUAUGCUCACUCCCGGACCGGCAGGCCAUACACGUUCUUCUGUACGGGAGGUAUCAAUUUGAACUGUAGGCUCAGGUACAGCGGUUUCUCGCAUUGCUCAGUAUUCGGGUAUCAUAAGGAGAGUUAUUACUUGAUUUCGAAAGAUCUCCGCGAAAUUCUAGCUGUGACCGCAAAGAGCUCCGAGAUCGAUUGUAUAGAGAGCGUAGGCCUCGAACUUCCCGAGAAAAUUUGCUUUCCGUACUCCGCAGGAUAUUGCGGAGAGCUGAUAUAUAUUCUAAGCGGCGACGAGAUAAUUGUGUAUAGACCAAAAGCUAAUGUUGUUACCAAUAUUGAGGGUAGCAAAGCCGCGGAUAAGGUAGAUGAAGCGUGUAGGCUGAUAAAACGUUUCAAAACAUUAUAGUCUGCUCGAAUCGCGUGGAUCGACGCGAUCGGUACAAGA